AUGUCCGCUUCCCCAGCCCCCUCGUUAUACCUGUCACCGUCCAAGGCGGCACUGCAGUUGCAGUAUGUCGGCAAGAGUUUGGCGGAUGUCCCGGCUCCUGCAGCAGUCCUGGAUCUGGCUCCAAUCAGAAGAAACUGCAAGGCGAUGCUCGAGGCGACUAGAGCUCUUGGGUUUGGAUUCCGAGCCCAUGUCAAGACACACAAAACAACUGAGCUCACACGCCAUCAAAUGGGCCACGAGUCACAAGACAUAAGAUUAAUCGCUUCGACUGUCUCGGAGAUUGAAAACCUGAUCCUUUACGGCUUACCAGUUGCUGUCUCUCACAUCCCUCGUCUUGCAGCCGUCGCACGAGUUCUUGGUGAAGGGGUUGUUGGACUGUUUGUUGAUCACCCCGAACAAGUCAAACACCUCGCAGCAUUGAAUGAGUCUUUCUGGCCUGGAACUGUGCCUCUUUUCAUCAAGAUUGCAGCUCCUAUCUCGCGAGCCGGACUGCUCCCCACCUCUGGUUGCAUCAGUCCUUUGGUGGAAGCUAUCGUGUCAGCACCCAAGGUCCGCUUGGUGGGUGCCUAUGCUCAUAUGGGUGAAAGCUAUAGAUCGAGCAGUCCAAAGGAAGCGCUGGAUUUUCUCAUGCAUGAAUUGAAGGAUGCCAAGGCUGGAGCGGACCGCAUCAUGGAGAGUCUACCCAAAGGAUCAACCGAGAAACUCACAAUCUCUCUCGGUGCAACGCCCACAGCUACUGCAGUACAAAAUGCCCUGAUUGAGAACGAAUGGAAUCAGAAGUUCCGGACUUAUGUCGAAGAGGUCAAAGGAAGCUACGAUAUCGAAAUACACGCUGGUGUAUACCCUGUGUUGGAUAUGCAACAGCUUGCAACCCGCGCUCGACCGACGACAUCAGAUGGCAAACCGCUGCUCUCGGCAGAAAACCUUGGUUUACGGAUCCUCGUCGAGGUCGCGAGCACCUACAGCGAGAGAGAGAAGCCAGAGGCCUUGAUAGCUGCUGGCUCGAUUGUGUUCGGUCGAGAGCCAUGCAAAAGUUAUCCUGGGUGGGGUGUGGUGACACCUUGGAAAAGCAAUUCAAGUCCUCUUGAUAUCUCCACAGUAUAUGAUCCUACGGGAAGCAAGACUGGCUGGAUCGUCGGUCGAAUCUCCCAAGAACAUGGUAAUCUUACUUGGGAAGGACCGACAGAAGGGAUACGUACCCUCAGCAUUGGCGAGAAAGUUAUGGUUUGGCCAAACCAUGCUUGCAUGGCUGGUCCAAACUUUGGCUUUUACAUGGUAGUCGAUGGUGAUAGUCCCACACCGGACAGAGUUGUUGACGUUUGGACUCGCUGGCGCGGAUGGUGA